AUGGACAUCAAAUCAGACCCCAAAAUGGACCAGCUGCGCAAGAUCAGCACGCAGCGUCUCCCACCCCCGGUCCUCUUUCAAGGUCCUCCCUCCCACAGCGCCUCCAAUCUCUCUCUCCAGCCACCCACAGCAGCAGCAGCAGCAGCAGCAGCAGCGACCUCCAACGGCCCCGUACCAGGAGGAGCUCAACCACCACCGCUUCCACAGCCCCGCCCAACCCGGACCCGGACCCCAACCUACGGCUCUCUCGAUGCACCCUCCUUGUCCCCAUUCAUCUCGCGCUCGCGCACCCAGUCCAGAGGCGAGAUGGACCGCACCGACGCCAUCUGGCAGGAGAUGCAGAACGCCCUGUCGGAGGUUGAGCUGAGCGCCGUGACCAGCGAACACGUCUUCGGCGAACGUCACUCCGAGGCUCUGGAGGACUUGCGCACCCAGCAGUUGAAGUUGGCGCAGGCGUGGGCCCGCAGCGAGGCGGACGACGAGGUCGUUGAACCUAAGGCGGACGCCGUUAAGGAUCUGUCGAGGAAGGAUGCCGAGCCUGCUACUACCGCUGCUGCUGCGGCGGCGUCGGCGGGGGCGGGGGUGGCUACUGCGGACGCUGGCGCCGCGCCGAGGAACCUCGACGAGGAGACGGAGAAGGAUAUUCUUCUGGCGCGGGAGCGUCGCGAGGCGAAUGAUCGGUACUUUGACCGGGUGAAUAAUGGGGUGUUGGAUGUUGUUGCGCGGCUGGAGGAGGUUGCGCUGGCUAUGCGGGCGGUUGAGCGCGAGAGUAUGGAUGUUUGGAGUGAUAGUGACUCGUCGAGUACGCCGACGGAGUCUACUGCUAACAAUGCGGGGGCGGGUUGA